AUGCCCGACAAACGAAAGCCUUCCGGCUCUUUCUCACGGCCGCCUAUGCAGAGUAAACGGUCACGUUCAUCCUACGCCGACGACGACGAUGACGAAGAAGGAAUCCACUCCGGCAGGCCGGCGCACGAACGCCCACGCAACGAUCCUUUCUACGGGCAAAAGAGUGCCUUUCCGGGCCUCGACACGGGGGGAGAUGAUGAGUUGUUUUACGGCCCGGCUGAGGAUGGCUUGGAAUAUCUUCGCAUGGUCCGGUCGGAAGCAAACUCGUUACCGUUCCUAUUUACUGCGCCCCGGAGAGAGGAAACGGAGACGCAACGCGAUGCCACAUCUGCCGCGGAGUUACAACGACCCGACAAAGACGAACAAGAAGUAGAGAUUAUCCAAAAAAUAACCCAAAAAGACGAAAUACUUGUCACCACGACAGCGACACCCGCUACCCUAGCAGCGUCACCGGACAAAACCACAUUCUCCGACGCGCAAGCGAGUUAUUACAACCUCCUACAUCACCGAUUCCUCCUCCUCCGCUCCAUUUUGAAAUGUACACCACCGUCAUCCGCUAUCACAACCCUCGACGACUCGCAUCCGAUUACCCUACCCCGACACUCAAAGAAUGCAUGUCGCGAGUGGCGCCGUCUGUUACUGGCCGUGGACCCGCAAACAGCGCAGCUGGCAUGUAUGGACAUGAACAGUGUACUCGGUGUGUUGGGAAUUAUGGGACGCUUGAUGUCAGAGAACGUGCGGAGCGGCGACGCGGCGCGCAUACGGCGUAUCGGUGCCUGGGCGUGGGGUCUCCUAGCCAAGUGUCGCGAGGUAGGACAAUUGGGAACCGACGAGGUCGCGGAGAUCCGAGACUUAGGGAAGCGCUCUACUAAGAUAUUGAGCAAGAUGAGGGAGGAGGAGGCGGAGGUAGAAGCAGCAGGAGAUGUGUCAGCGGAUGAAUCCGACGAGGAGCCAGCGGAUGACGGGGCCGCUCCUGUGGAAGAAGAGACAGAUGGAAAUACGAAAACCGCCGGCCUUGAUCAGGAUAUGCCAGAUGCAGAAGAGGAUCCCUCAGGCGAAGGUCUCGAAGUUGCCAAGGCACGCCUACAGGCAAGACUAAACGGACUUGCGCAGGAUUCGCCGAGCGAUCCGACCAGCUCUCGCAACGAGUCACCGGCAGGAGAUGACUGCGAUCCAAUGGAAGCUGCCACACAGACGCGCGCCAUGCUGGACAUGAUUAUCACCGUUGUGGGAGAAUUCUACGGGCAGCGGGACUUGCUGGGGGCUCGGGAGAUUCUCGAGAUCUCCAUUCCAACAACCAGCAUCUCACCGACAACCCCAGCCUACACAAUCUACAACAUCACCCUCCGUCUCCCCCUCCGCUCCUUCACCCUCUCCAAGCGCUACUCCGACUUCGUCUCUUUCCACAAAACCCUCCUCACCCAAACAAACAGCGCUCCUCCCGCCUCGCUCCCCUCCAAAAAUUGGUUCUCCAGCACCGUCUCCAACGCCUCCCUCCGCGAAGACCGCCGCCUAGCCCUAGAGACCUACCUCCGCGCCAUCAACGACACCGAAGACCCCAAAUGGCGUAACUCGCCCGCCUGGCGCGGUUUUCUCAAUCUCCCCAGCGCCGCCGCAGCAGCAACAACCACUACCUCCUCCUCCACCAACGGCCGCGGCGCGCCGAACACCUCCGCCCGCCUGCACGCCGCCAUCACAGACCCCGGCGCCGCAGGAGCCCCCAUCUCGGACCCAACGCUGUGGCUAGACUGCUACCGGGACAUGAAGUCGCACCUACACGACGCUAGACUGCACCUCACGCGCCGCGAUCAGGAGACGACGCCGCAGAAGCAGCACGAGAGUUCCGCUCGCGCGAAGAGCAGCCUCGUGCGAGCCGGCACGCUGAUCGGGGCUCUAGAAGCGGGGCUCAAGAACAUUGGGUCUGGAAGCGGGGACGGUCCAAACCGCAGUAGUGGACCCUCGCUGGGCGACGGGGAGAUGCGUCGGCGGAAGGACCUGCUGAUCAACGCGCGGAAGGAGAAGGACGGGCUCGAGGAUCUGCUGAACGCCAUGGCGGCUAAGAGCAGGGUUGAUAGCGCGGUCGCGUCCAUCCAGGAUAAAGAGGCCCUUGUUGGGGCCGCGGGAGGGGGAGGAGGAGGAGGGGGAGCGGGCCGGAAACCAGCCCGAUCGGGCCGCGUGCUGGGCAGGGAGACGGAGAGGACGCGCGAGCUGGAUAAUCAGGGCUUGGUGCAGCUGCAGAAGCAGACGAUGGAGAGCCAGGACCAGAGUGUCGACGAAUUGAUGAAGAUCGUGACGCGUCAGAAGGAGCUGGGUAUUGCCAUUAAUAAUGAGCUCGAGCUGCAGAAUGAGCUGUUGAAGUUGGCGGAUGAGGAUGCUGAACGGCUGGGCCAAAAGGUCGAUGUAGGCAAGAAGAGGAUUGGGCGCAUUUCGUGA